UUUUGGUAAACUUCUGUUACGCAAUUUGGUUGCAAUAGAAUUUUGCUAGUAAAGGGGCUGUAGACUCUUCAGUUUCGCGUUCCCAAUGCCUCCUGUUUCCCUUGGUCUCUACCUUCUCUAACACGUCACCAAUCCUUCCUUUUUCCCGUCCUUCGCCUGUCACUGCACUCCACCAAAAAAAAAAAAAAAAAAAAACACUUUUCCUCUCCACCGCCCGAUCAUGGACGUUCGUACGAACGGAGACGACCUCGACACCAUUCUCUCCGAGCAGCGCAGAGAGCUCAUGACGGCCAAAACCCUGGACUCCGACCUCGAAAUGGCCUUCAAACUCCAAAUGCAGGAAGCCAUGACCGCCUCUCUAGCCGUUAAACCCUCGUCGGCUUCGGCUUCGAGUUCGCACAACCUUCUGCCUCCGUCGCCGCCCGACGAUGGCUCGAAUGACGCCGUAUUAGAAUUGGCCGCCACUCUGAUGCUCGAGGACGUCGAGCGGUUCGCUCAGGAGCGCGAGGACCACGACCGCACCGUUUUGGAAAUGAUGAAGGCGAAGGAGGAUCUCAACCGUCGGAUUUACGAUCAGAAGUUCGCCGUCGACCUCCGCGACGUGCCCGAGGACUACUGGGCCAACUACGGCGAAUAUUACGAGCGCCCGUACUGUACGGGCUUCUGGUCUUCGUCGUCGUCGUCGUCAAAAUAUCCGGCGGUGGUGAGUGAGAAUUUGAGGCUGUAUUGCAAGGGGGUGGUGAGCGAGGAAAUGGUUAGGGAUGUGAAGGCGGUGGUAGGCGGGGUGGGUGUCGCGAUCUGCGACCCGAUGGACAAUGUGAUAUUCGAGGCGAGGAAGAAUCUGGAAGCGGUGGUUGACGGCGUUGUGCUGAGCAAUGAGGCGGCGGAGCUCGAGGCCAUCGUUGAAGGGCUUGACAAAGCUCUCGCUCUGGACUUGAAAGCUGUGACCUUUUUCUGUGAUGACUACAUGAUUUACCAAUAUGUCACAAACAGGGUGCAUCCUGGAAACAGCAAGGUUGCCACGUUAGUUAAUCAAGUGGCUCUUCUACGGAGAAAAUUUGUAUAUUGCAGUCCUUCUCUUGUGGCACGGAGUGACAUUAAGUUUGCACUUAAACUUGCAAGAGAGGCUAUAGUUUCUCAGAUUACCUGGCAUGCGGAAACUGGCAAAGGAAAGAGUUUGAAGGAGACAUGUGUAAUUUGCUUUGAAGACUGAUGUUGCUGAAAUGUUUUCAAUCGAU